ACUAGACUGUCCUGACCUCUAAACAGUUCCUCUUUUUCGUCAAUUUACCGAAUGCUGGAUGCGACGACACUGCACGAUUUUGAUGUUUGUUAACGUUGUCUCUUCUGUCUUUUCUGUUCAGGUACCACCCAUUUUCAACACCACCAUGUCUACCGAAGAGCUCUUCCAGAAGGCGGCCGAGGACGUGAAGAACCUCAAAGCCACUCCCAGCAACGACGAGCUGCUGGAGCUGUACGCCCUGUUCAAACAGGGCUCCGUCGGUGACGUGAACACGGGUCGGUAUAUUCGGGCGGGGAAGGACCAACUCUGCGCCGCAAAGCGUCGAGUCUUCAAGUUUCAGUUUUGCUUCUUCCGCUGAUGCUGUAUGCGGUGC